AUGCCUUUUGGACUCAAGAAUGCAGGUACUACAUACAUGAGAGCUAUGACAACUAUUUUUCAUGACAUGAUCCAUAAAGAGAUUGAGGUCUAUGUGGACGAUGUCAUCAUCAAGUCACGGAAGAGUUCAGAUCACUUGGUAGACCUGAAGAAUUUCUUUUAUAGGUUGCGGCGAUACAAUUUGAAGCUGAAUCCCACAAAGUGUGCAUUCGGAGUUCUAGCUGGAAAAUUAUUAGGUUUCAUUGUCAGUAGAAGAGGCAUAGAGUUGGAUCCUUCAAAGAUAAAGGCUAUCCAAGACCUGCCACCUCCAAAGAAUCGGAAGGACGUGAUGAGCUUCCUUGGUCGCCUUAACUACAUCAGUUGUUUCAUAGCCCAAUCAAUAGUGAUUUGUGAGCCGAUAUUCAAGAUGCUGAGGAAAGAUGCCACUACCAAAUGGACAGAGGAAUGUCAACAAGCUUUUGAUAGGAUCAAGGAAUAUUUAUCUAACCCACCAGUGUUGAAGGCCAUCAAAGGACAAGCUUUAGCUGACCACCUUGCAGAAAAUCCUGUGGAUGAAGAAUACAAGCCACUUAGGACAUACUUCCCAGAUGAAGAAGUAUUGUUUGCUGGAGAAGACAUUUUAGAGGCAUAUUCUGCGAAACUUCAGUUUCCAUGCACCAACAACAUGGCAGAAUAUGAGGCUUAUAAACUUGGGCUUAGAAUGGUCGUUGAUAUAAACGUCCAAGAGUUGUUGGUUAUAGGUAAUUCAGACUUGCUAAUUCAUCAAGUACAAGGCGAAUGGAAUACAAAGAACAUAAAAAUCCUACCGUACUUACAUUGUGUAAAGGAGUUGUGUAAGAAGUUUAUCAAAGUGGACUUCAAGCAUGUUCCAAGAGUUCAAAAUGAGUUUGCAGAUGCUUUGGCAACUUUGUCUUACAUGAUUCAACAUCCAGAUAAAAAUUACAUAGACCCCAUCAAGGUGAAUGUGCAAGAUCAGCCAGCUUAUUGUUUCCAUAUGGAUGACAAGCCAGACGGAGAACCAUGGUAUUAUGACAUUAAGAGGUAUCUCAAGACAAGGGAUUACCCUGAAGGAGCAACCAGUACCCAGAAGAGAACGCUUAAGAGAUUGGCAAAUCACUUUUUCCUAAACGUCAAAAUCCUAUAUAGGAGGACCCCAGAUUUAGGACUGUUGAGGUAUGUAGAUGCCAGGUUACUUUUGGAUGACCAUGAAAACAAAUUGGAUUUGUUUUGUACAGAAAUGUCAUUAGUGUCAGAUCCACGCUUGGGGCAUGAAUGUCAUUGCCUUAUUGAGUCGGCCGCCUCGAAAGGGAAUAGAUUUAUCUUGGUAGCUAUUGAUUACUUUACAAAGUGGGUAGAAGCCUCUUCUUACAAGUCAGUUACAAAGAAGGUGGUAGCAGAUACCGUUUGCCGAUUUGGAAUUCGUGAGUCAAUCAUUACAGAUAAUGGAGCCAAUCUCAAUAGUGACCUGAUGCAAGAAAUAUGUGAUAAGUUCAAGAUUACUCACCAAAAUCCCACUCCCUAUCGACCUCAUAUGAAUGGAGCCGUUGAAACAGCCAAUAAGAACAUACAGAAGAUAUUACGGAAGAUGAUUGAUAACUACAGGCACUGGCAUGAGAAGCUACCAUUUGCUCUCCUUGAAUAUCGCACUACAGUCAGAACAUCAACUGAGGCAACACCUUAUCUUCUGGUCUAUGGAACUGAAGCCAUAUUACCAGCGGAAGUUGAAAUACCAUCUUUGAUGGUCAUCCAGGAAGCCGAGCUGAGCAAUGCAGAAUGGGUAAAGAAUCAGUACGAACAACUAAUGCUUAUUGACGAGAAGAGAAUGAAUGUUGUUGGCCAUGGUCAACUCUAUCAAAACAGGAUGGUCAGAGCCUUCAACAAGAAAGUGAAACCACGUCAGUUAAAUUGGGGCAACUGGUUUUGA